AUGACAACAAGAUACCGCGUCGAAUAUGCUCUCAAAACUCACCGCCGGGAUCAGUUCAAUGGAUCAAGGUCCGUCGGUGUCUUCCCCCUUCAGCGGGUUCACCAUAAAGAGAACCUGGCUGUUCAGAUUCCUUGGCUCUCGUGUUAUGCUUUUAUGUGUUCUCGUCUUCGACCAUUCAUUGUUCAUGCUCUGACGCUUUUUCCUGGCCUUCAGGGGUUACUGGCGGUCCCGUUCGUUCUCAACUCGCAGCCGACGGCGGCAUAUGAAGAGUACGAUGAGGUCAAGUCGCUUCAGACGAUGGCUCAGGCCGUGCACCGUCGCUAUGCUGAGAUCAUGCGAGAUGUCGAGGGUUUGGUCAAUGACCACAGUAGGUCUCAUGUCUCUUUCCUGACGUACUUCUUGAAAGGGGCGCUGUCUCAGACAGGGGCCAUACGCUUCUACUCAUACUGUCAUAUCGAAUCUGCUAAGGUCGAUCUCUUUCUAGUACGGCAUCAGUCUCUGCAAACAACAUCCAAGCUCAAGAUGCUGGUGCCAUCGAUCGGAUCCUUCUUCACGCCACUCCACCUCGAAGCCGCAUUCAUCUACCAGGACAAACAGCGCGCCAUCUCAUCCCGCCGCUUCGUCGCUCCCUCUUUCAACGACGUCCGGCUCAUCCUCAACACCGCCCAGAUCAUGGCCCUCAUGCGACCAUCACUCCCAUCCAGCCCCAGCAACCUCACAGCCAACCCAAGCGCUCACACGUCCAACCCGCCAGCCGCAACCACAAGCCUCCAGCUCCUCACCUUCGACGGCGACGUAACCCUCUACGACGACGGCGCCUCCCUCCUCCCCACCAACCCGGUCAUUCCGCGGCUGAUCCACUUCCUCUCGCGCAACGUGCGCAUCGGCAUCGUCACCGCCGCCGGCUACACCGACGCGUCGCGAUACCACGCGCGCCUGCACGGGCUCCUCGACGCGAUCAAGGCGUCCCCGCUCCUCACCACGCGGCAAAAACACAACCUCAUCGUCAUGGGCGGCGAAUCCAACUUCCUCUUCGUCUUCGACGAAACCUCCCCCUCGCUCCUGCGCUACAUCCACCGCCGCGACUGGAUCCUGCCGGCGAUGCACGCGCCGCCUUCCGCUCGUGCAUCCGCACCCUGCACCUGCCUGCCGGCCUCGAUCCUGCGCAAAGAACGCGCCGUCGGCAUCUACCCCAGCACCGCCGACCACCGCUUCGCGCGCGAACAGCUCGAGGAGACGGUGCUGGUGGUCCAGCAGGUGCUCGAGUUGUCGCCCGAGGUGCGGGGUGCCGGCAUCCCCUUCUGCGCCUUCAACGGCGGCAAUGAUGUCUUUGUCGACAUCGGCGAUAAGAGUCUGGGCGUGAGGGCCUGUCAGAAGUGGUUUGGUGGUGGUGGUGCUGCUGCUGCUGCUGCUGCUGCUGCUGCUGCAUCCAGUGGUGAGGAGGCCGGUCCCGUGAGGGAGGAGGCCACCCUGCAUGUAGGCGAUCAGUUCUUGAGCGGCGGGGGCAAUGAUUUCAAGGCCCGGUUGGCGUGUACCACGGCUUGGAUUGCCAGUCCGCAGGAGACGGUGGCGUUGUUGGAUGAAAUGAGCGAGUGGGAGGGGGUGGGAGUUGGAGUUGGAGUUUCAUCUUGA